AUGCACACCAGUUGUGCAGAUUAUCACGUCGCUUGGAUGUGUCCUGGAGCCGACCUCGAACUCUUGCCUGCGAGGCUGAUGCUUGAUGAAGAGCACCCAACACCGCCUUACGAUACCUACUACGACGAAAAUACUUACGUAUGCGGCACUAUCAAUGGUCACGCAGUUGUUGUUGGGACUUGUCCACCGGGAGGGACAGGUAAUGUCAACGCUGGGCGCUUAACGGGGCCCAUGUUCAAGACAUUUCCUAACAUUCGCAUGGCGGUGCUUGUGGGAGUUGGAGGCGGUAUCCCCCGCGAACAAGUACCUGACGAUGCUCUGGAUAAUAUUCACCUUGGAGAUGUCGUUGUGGGAUGGCCUGGUGACGACGGACCUGCGUGUGUAUACCACAAGCGAGGGAAAGCCAAAGUUGACGGAAUAUUUCACAUGGUGGGCACACUGCAAAACCCAGACUGGAGACUUACCCAAGCACUUCGUGUCCUUGCUAGCGACCAUGAAAUGGGAAAAAACUUCUUUCGAUUCUCUCAUCAAGGUAGGAUUGCUACCGGCAACACAGUUAUCCAGGACCCCGAGCUACGUGACAAGAUUAGAGCGCGAUGCAAUGGGGCCCUGUGUGUAGAGAUAGAAGCAGCAGGCGUUGACGCGAGUAGACGAUGCCUUGUUGUCCGUGGCAUCUCCAAUUACGCAGAUUCGCACAAAAACGACUUGUGGAGAUCGCAUGCAGCUGGUAAUGCGGCUGCACCUCGGUCCUUCGUCAGUCGGGGGAAACAGCUUGUCCUAAUAGAUACCCACAUAGCCCCGGAAGGCUGUUGUCGAUAUGCUGUUUACGGCCUAGGUGGUUGCGGGAAGACAGCUCUCGCUCUUGAGACAGCUUUUCGAACACGGGAGCAGCAACCUCAGCGUGCCGUGUUCUGGGUACCUGCGAUCAGCCAAGCAGGUUUUGAACAGGCAUAUCGAGAGAUAGGACUACUCCUUCGCAUAACUGGCAUCACAGAUGCUAAGGCCGAUGUCAAGACACUUGUCAAGGCAUGGCUGAGCGACGAAAGGAGCAACGGGGAUCGGCUGAUCGACUAUCUUCCAUACAGCCCAAAAGGCUCUCUCAUCUUUACAACCCGAGUCGUAGAGGCCGCACACGACCUAGCUGCAAACAACGUCAUAGAGCUGGGCAUACUCGACAGGGAAGAUGCUAAGGAGGUCUUGAGAACACGCUUGUUCAAAAAGUACCAACGCAUUGUUAAAGAUGAGGUAAUGGUUGACGAAUUUCUCAAUAUGCUCACUUGCCUUGCCCUUGCAAUCGUCCAGGCGGCAGCAUUCAUCAACCAGAACAACAUCCAGCUCUGCGACUGCAUACAGAUGUAUCGAGCGAGCGAGCAACAGGAGACUCAGCUUCCCAUUGAAGAGUUACAAGACCAAGAAAGGUAUCUAGAAAUGAAAAAUCCCAUCGCAACAACUUGGUAUAUCUCAUUCAACCAAAUCACGCCACGCGACAAACUAGCAGCCGACUACCUGUCAUUCAUGGCAUGUACAACGAAUAACGAUAUACCAGAGUCAAUGCUACCGGCCGAAAGAUUGGAAAAGAUUGUGCCACGCAGCGAUUCCAAGACAAGGGAAGUCUGGACAACAUAUCUGCCUCAUGCCAAAUACGUCAUGGCUAUGUCUGAAACCUCAGAGCAGAAUUUGGGGUGGAGCCUGCUUGAGCGAAUAGGAAAAUGCGAAAUGAUUCUGGGACAAUACAGAGCGGCGGAGGAAACGUAUCGUCAGCUUGUGUUGAGAGCAGCUAAGGCGCUUGGCCAGGAGCAUCCACUUAUCGCAAGUUAUAAGAAUGAAGAUCUAAACAAUAUGAGCAACCUAGCGGCAGUGCUGAGUGAUCAAGACAAAAAGGAAGAGAAAGUCUCGGGCAGUGAGCACCUAUACACUAUAGACAUCAUGAAUAGGUUAGCAAGAGUGCUACGGCAAUUAGACACGUAUGAAGAGGCGGAAAAAAUGUCGCGAAAGUCACUAGAACUAGCAGAGAAAGUCUUUGGCAAGGAGCACCCACGUACUUUGGCUAGAAUGGGUAGCUUAGCAGUGGUGUUAGGAGAUAUGUGCAAAUACGACGAGGCGGAACGAAUAUACGUAGAAACGCUCGGGCUAGCGGUAAGGGUAUGGGGCAAAGAGCACUCGAAAACGCGGAACUGCUUGGAAAAUUUUAUCAACCACCUAAAUAGUUGGGAUGUUGUCCGCGUCCGCUGCUUGGGGACGACUGUUGCCGGCGCUGUACUGGCGCUUGGUCGGAAUAUUGUUCACGUCCGCUGCUUGGGGACGGCUGUUGCCAGCGCUGUAUUGCCGUUUUGUAGGAAUGUUGUCCACAUCCGCUGCUUGAGGGCGACUGUUGCCGGCACUGUACUGACGUUUGAUGGGGAUGUUGGAAUCCACAGCUUCAGUUCUACUAGUCAAUGGCUGAGUGGGCAUGGCCGCUGA